AUGGCCACCGCGCAGGUUGACCGUGCACAUGAUCCGGCACAAUUGAACCCGCUGAUCGCGAAGUCAUACGAUGGACCAGAAGUGGCCCCAGCAGAGCUGCCCGAGGAGCUAUCCAAGACAGACGACAGGGCCAAGGAGGUCGAAAACGCCACAAAGACUGCAGCGGCCGAGAUCAGCAUAGAUGACCCGUUCCAGCUGAGCUCAGAGUAUGCGUACACACCUCGCAAGAUCCGGGUCUUCACUAUUGGAGCCGGCUUCUCGGGUCUCAUCAUGGCGCACAAGUUCCAGCACCGGUUUCCCGCCAUGAGGGAUAUCGUCCAGCACACAAUCUUCGAAUCGCGAAGUGAUGUGGGCGGAACUUGGCUGGCGAAUCACUACCCUGGAGUUCAGUGCGAUGUACCAGCACACAUUUACGCAUUCCCUUUCGAUCCGAACCCGGAGUGGGAGCGGUUCUAUGCUAGCGGGCCUGAUAUACUUGCGUAUAUGAAGCAGACCGUGAAGAAGUGGAAUCUGGAUCGUGAUUUGCAGCUGAACACGAAGGUCAUUGGUGCCGAGUGGCAACAAGACAAGGGCGAGUGGAAAGUGACUGUUGAGCAUGAAGGAGAGCAGCGUGUUGAGUUCUGCGACGUCCUCAUAUCCGCCCAGGGUGUGCUUGUACACGAAUCAUGGCCCAAGAUUCCCGGCCUGGAGAACUUCAAAGGCCACAUCACCCACAGCGCCGCCUGGGACCACAGCCACGACUACAGCAACAAGCGGAUAGCCGUGAUCGGCAACGGCUCCUCCGGCAUCCAGAUCGUACCCCAGAUGACCAAGCUCCCAGGCACCACAGUCCGGAACUUCAUCCGCGGCCCGGCGUGGGUAUACUACCGCGCUCCUCCUUCCAAGCACCUCGGGCGGGACGACCCAGACCCAAAUCCGAGGUACACGGACCAGGACCGCGCUUAUUUUCAGGACCCCGCAAACCACCUCAAGCACCGCAAGCAGAUCAUCUCCAAGACAAACAAGUCGUUCCAGAUCUUCAUGAAGGGCAAGAACAACCAAGAGGGCAUGAGGCUGGCGGCGGAGCAGAUGGCGGAAAAGCUAAAGCAUGACCCGGUGCUCUGUGAGAAGCUGAUCCCAAAGUGGGAGCUGGGUUGCCGCCGUAUCACCCCGGGCCCGGGAUACCUGGAGUCAUUCCUCGAGCCAAACUGCUCGCUUACGGACAGCCCCAUCACGAAGGUCACGGAGACAGCGAUCCACACCGCAGAUGGUGAAGUAUUUGAGUGCGACGUCCUCGUGUGCGCGACCGGCUUCGACGUGUCGCACCGCCCGCGCUUCCCCGUCAAGGGCCUAAACGGUGUCGACCUCUCUCAGCUCUGGCUAGAGGACCCCGAGUCCUACAUCUCGGUGGCCGUGCCCGAGGUACCCAACUACUUCAUGAUGAUGGGGCCGAACUGCCUCGGCGGCCACGGCUCGCUCGUCGAGAGCCUGAACUGGACGGGCGACUACUUUGUCAAGUGGAUCUACAAGAUGGCCACCGAGGACAUCAAGUACGUCCACCCCAAGAAGGAAAAGGUGGCCGAGUUCUGCCGGUACACGGACCAGGUGCACAAGACGCUCGUGUGGAGCGGCGGGUGCAAGAGCUGGUACAAGCGGAACCGGGUCGACGGCAGGGUGACGGCGCUGUUCGGCGGCAGUGCGUUCCUCUUCAACCGCCUCCUGAGCGAGAUCCGGGCGGAGGACUUUGAGAUCGAGUACCGAACCUCCAACCCGUGGAGGUUCCUGGGCAAUGGCUUCACUGAGUUUGAGAUGGACCCGGAGAGCGACUUGUCGUGGUACGUGGAGGUGGCGGACAAGUUGGGAGAUGACGCAUCGAAACCAUUUCCCGCAAAGUUUCCAGACGGUUUCAAAUUUUCCAGCAACAAGGAGUAA